UCUUGUGGUGCUUCCUAGUUUUCGUGAAUCGUCUAUUCCAAAGUACACUUUGAAUUCGUUUUUUGGAUUGACUAUUUUGAUACUACAUAAUACAAUGGAACUUUGCGGAGCUUUCAAAUGCGGUACUUCGACUUUAUUUUACGUGGUCUAUUUUCUACGAUCAGUUAUGUACGUAAAUGGAUUAGACCAAUACCCGACGGAUCAUGAGAAACGAUUGCCAGAUAAAUCGCAAUCCGAAGAUUACCUUUUCUUCUAUCAAGGCGUCGAAGGGACACCCGGUAUAGAUUUCCCCGUGUACUCCCACAUACCGAAAACUACGUUCAAUUGUAAAGGGCUGGAAUCUGGAUAUUAUGCGGAUAUCGAUACCGAUUGCCAGGUAUUCCACAUUUGCGAGGAAGAGAAGAAAAUCUCCUUCCUCUGUCCGAACGGCACCAUUUUCCAACAAUCGGAUUUGAUUUGCGAGUGGUGGUUCAAGGUGAAUUGCAGCCAUUCCCCGCUCCUGUACGAGGAAAGCGCGGAAAACCUGCGGGAAACGACGGCGAAAAGGAAAUCGUUGCGCAGGGUGCGUUUGAAUCUGCGCAAACCGGCGGGCGAUUCCAAGGAAAAUAGGCGGGUGAACUUGGACAGGAGCGCCGAGAGCGCGCCCUUCAGAAGGGGACACAAAACCGCGCAGAGUGUUACUGAAAGAGUGUUUUCGGAUAGUAAAGAAACGCGAAGAUUUAAGGAAAAUUCGAAUUCGUUCGCUGAUAGUAAAUACAAACAUAAAAUCAAGAGCAAACCGAUCGCGCAUCAGAAAAAUAGAAGAUUCAACGAGCGUGAUUUUGGUAAUUAUCAAAAUUCCGAUUAUGAUCAAACUACGUCGACAACAACGAGCACAACGAGUACAACGAGCACAACAUCCACGACAACGCCGAGAUAUGUUGAAAGUAGAACGUAUAAAGGUUACCAAGUUCAAUUUCCCUUAGCCGACGAUCUAGACAAAGGUCCUUUAUACAAUAACGACAAUUCAGGCGACAACGAAGAAUUCGAUUUUCAAAGUCACGUUACUCAACCGCCUAAUUCAGAUGAAUCGCAAUUGACUCAAGAAUCUGCAUCAUUUCUAAAGAGUUCAUACAACAGCAUCCAAGAAACUUCUUCGGCAAAUCCUUUCCCCAAUCACAGGACCACUUAUGCUGAUAUAAGGACCUUCCCGUACAUUUCAACGAAGACUUACAGUACAAUCUCGUCUGUAACUCCCCAGUACAUAACUACACAACCAAUUAAUAACGGUAAACCGUUUUUAGGCAGUCGAGUAGGACUAAAAAUCAAAACCACUAAAGAUCCGCUAUUCAUCAACCCUCAAGUAAUCAAACCCAAAAAUCAGAUACCCGUCGAAGAUGUAUUCAAACUACACGUAGUUUCUAACGCUAAAAACGUCACCAAUUCCACGUUAAUCAGCUCCAAAGUCAUUGAGAAAAUCCUAUUCGCGAAAAUCAAACCCAUCAACGAAUCCACCACCACAAUCCAACCGAUUGUGGCGGCAACAGCAUCAAUCCCUACCACAAGCAAACCACCCAAGCAAAAAGUCGCCAGAUUACAGCAAGAAUCCAAACCGAAAACACCCGAUUAUGCGGUGGUUUACGGCUCCUCUCCGCCCGGUAACGUAGUGCAAGUCCGAUUCAACAAAACCAUCAACAAAAUCGGAAUACAACUGGGCAAAUCCUUCGGAGGCUCCGCCAAAGACAGGAGCAAAGAGGAAACGUUGAUCAGGGAAUCGAGCAAAUCCAUUCCCGAGUCGUUGAGAGAAUUGCGCAUUUACAACAUCAGCAUUAGAAGCACCACGCAACAACCGAGGCCUUUCGAAAAGUACAGUUACGAAACCACGACUGUGGCGACACCUUACGAGCGGGCGACCAGACUCCCGAUGUUGGAUUACAAAAUAUCCACUGCUAGUCCGUUUAAAUUCUCCACAUCGCCCACUCCGCUUAGAACAACGACUCCUUCGAUUAAUGAAAAUAUCGAUAAUAUGAUUGAUGUUUUGAGCGAAAUUACUAACGGCACUAAAGCUAGACCAGGGCUGGUAGUACCUCCAUCUGUAGGUCCACAAACGCUUCACACCCUUGCCGUGUACUUCUCGAACGCGCUGGAUCAAGUUAUCGCGAACAAAGGCAAAUUCAUGGAGGAAAAUAAGGAGAAACUCACGACUUUACUCACCCAAAUGACGGUGCACGGUUACAACCAAUUAUUCAACUACAGCGCUGGCUCGGUCAGCGAAGCUCCUUUGAAUGAAACGCAAAUCGACGGGAAUCCCCAAAUUCGACAAUUGGCUAGAAACUUCACCUUAGCGCUGUCGAAUUUCUUGAACGAUCCCGAUAUGUUUAAGAAAGACCUGGAGAAUUUAAGACCUACCGAACCGCCUUCGGAUGAAACGGAAACCACCGUCGACGAAGAACUCCUGAAUUAUUCGGACGCUGAUGGUAAACUGUUCACGACAUCUCGACCUCCAUCGCCCACUUGGGGUUUCAUUAUAUCCAAGUCGCCUAAUAAUUUCCAAGUGGAAAACUCGGUAUCCAAUACGGAUUUAAACACGGCCGACACUCAGUCGUUUGUACCAGGUUUGAAUGAUAUAAAAAUCGAUAAUAAAUCAAAAGAUUUACCACAAGAUCAUUGGACCACGUCCACCAGCGCUACGAACCUAUGGCAAAGCACUUUCUCCAUCGACCCGGUGUCUUUCAACGAGGAAUUCGAUCCCACCACCGACGUGGAAGUUUCUACGGAAACCGAAACUACCACAACCACACCGGAUGUUCUCCCUGCCAUAGGCCACACCAGGGAAAUCAACUACGAAUUGCGCAGCCUGCCGAAAUUCACCUUCAAUUCGUCGGAGGUCUCCGGCAUUUUGAUAGAUUUCAUGAACAAUUCCAGCGACGAUUCGCACCACAAAUUGCACCGGAUACUCCGCAAACUCAACACGACCGAAGACGAGUUCCUGGUGAAAAUGCGAGAGAUCGAAUCGAAUCCGAUAACGAGACGAUUGAUUUUGCUGCUUAUCAGCGAAUGCGGGAAGAACGCCACGAAGACCACCGACUCCAUAGAAUCGCUGGAAUUGUCUGAAACUAAUACCAGCCCGCCGACGCCGCGCCCUAAGGACUCGCAUAAGGGCAAAAACGAUUUUCAAAUAUACGUCGAUCCUAAUUUGAAAGAAGACGACGAAGAUACGAGGGCUUUGCAAUUGCUGAAUACUUUGUACAGUAUCGCUUCGAAAUUAGGGAAAUAGUUUAACAAGGCCAUAAUUUUUACUUUCAAGGUGCGUCACCGAGCGGUGGUAAUUGUAUAGAAAGUAUUGUUUUUAUAAAUAUGUACAUAAAUAUAGUAACCUGUAUGUUUUCAAGUAUCCCAUGUAUUUAAAAGCGCUAUGUUUGUUUAAUUUGUAUUUACUUGGAGCUCGAAUUUGUCGUAAUGAAAUAAUAUUAAGUCAGGAAUACUCCAUAUCAAAUUGUCGGAUGUAAUAAACAAUCGGGAAUCAAAAGCAAUCAAAUUUAUUAUUCCUGAAACACUUGUUUCGAUCCGGAUCGAUCUAUUUAUUUAUUUAUUUAACGAUUUAAGUUCCAGCAAUAAUACUUUAAGCCCAAAUGAAAAAUACAAUUCGCUUUACAAUAAUAUAACGUGCAACGUUCCUGAUUAGCUCAUUAGAAAUAGAAAUGUAAGAAACCGAACAAUGUUAACUACUCAUGAGUUUUGUAAAUUUUAUGCCAAUAAAG